GAGAGGGAGAGAGAGACAUGGAAGGAUGUUCUGGCUGCCUUCGUCUUUCAGAUGAGAAGAUGAUGUAGGCAGAGUUGUACGGUUGGAAAUGAUAUACUUGAGGACCAGAAUAAGCUCUUUUUUGCCAUUACCCAUGGACAUCUGCUGCAGAAACAACCUGGGGAAAAUCUCUGAAACUUUCGCAAGCAGAAUUUGUGUUGUGGAACAUAGGACUGAACAGUGAAGGGCAAUUUCAUACAACAGAUUGAGACUAUAAGAUAUGGAAACAGAAAAUACACUGCAACUUGAUAACUGAUUCUGUCUGGAAUUGGGAUAAUUUUUAUGGCUCUGGGGAUCUGAACUGAAACAUGCCUCAGAAAUUAAAGUCUUCAUGAAUAUAAGUGCUGCUGUUUGACGUGAUGUUCAAACCCCUGAGAAGCAGACAGCUGAGACAGAUACCCUGAAAAACCCCCAGAAUGCAUUUCAGAACAGCGCCUUUGUGCUACAUUUCUGGAAUGUGCAGACAGUCGAGCCCAAUCACAGGAUGUUGCUGAGACGUGGAGUCAUUCAGGACUGCCUGUGCAACGCCUAUUCCAGAGGCUGUCGCAUUUCAGCCAGGGCUCCUCCUCAUUUUCUCCAGACAUCUUCAGCAACCCAAGAUAUAUAAUUUAGGGGCAGAGUGGAUAACCUGUCCCCCUCUCAUAAUAGGGGUUGGUGUCUGACAGUGAUGUUCUGGCAGAGACUUUGAUUGAAGCAUCAUCAUAAAAAUCAGCGUGUCAGCCUUUACUGGGAAAGCAGAGAUGAUCAAUGCACCCACUUUGCUCCUGUGGUUACCUGGCCUCACUCUCACAGAGUGUUUCACAGGUCAGAACAUUCAUUUUUACGAGAGAGAAACACAUACUUAAAACAGAACAACAUUGGAAGACAUUGUCCCUAGUCAAACUGAAUUUCUCAGCUCCUCCAAGAACAGUAUAACAUCACACAAAGUGGAGAAGAGUAAACCAAAAUGAGGAUAUCCAGCGCAGAUAAUGGCAGAGGCAGUGGUUCAGAAUCCCCUGUGCAUUUCAAUGGGUUGCAUCAUUUGAUUGCCCAUGGGGACACCGCUGACACCUUCUGCACGUGGAGGACACCGCUGAUGCUGUCUGCGGACAGGGGACACUGUUGAUGCUCUCUGCGCGAUACGGAGGAGACCACAGACACUCUCUGCCUCUUGAAGUUCCCUUCCUGAUUCCACACCUCGGGCAGGACAGUACUUUGGGAUCACCAUCAUGGUCAAUGUGACUCCCAGUGAUUCACUGGAGAAGGUACACGUCCAGUAUAAUGUCCUGGCCCUGGCAUUGGGAGUCCCUCUCAUCUUGGUCAUUAUCCUGGGGAACGUCCUGGUGUGUCUGAGUGUGCUCACAGAAAGGUCCCUGAAAACAGCCACCAACUACUUCAUCGUCAGCCUGGCAGUGGCCGACCUCCUCCUGGCCGUGCUGGUCCUCCCCCUCUAUGUUUACUCAGAGUUUCUGGGUGGCAUUUGGACUCUGAACACGUACAUCUGUGACGCACUGAUGACCAUGGACGUGAUGCUCUGCACCGCUUCCAUCCUCAACCUGUGCGCCAUCAGCAUCGACAGGUACAUAGCCGUGGUGGUCCCUCUGAAGUACAACCGGAAUCAGUUCAGUGUGCGGCAGCUCGUCUUGAUUGCUGCCACCUGGAUCCUGUCUUUCGGGGUGGCCAGCCCCGUCAUUUUCGGCCUGAACCAGGUUCCUGGCCGGGACGCCAGCGUGUGCAAGCUAGAGGAUGACAACUUUGUGGUGUACUCGUCCGUCUGUUCCUUCUUCGUGCCUUGCCCCGUCAUGCUGCUGCUCUACUACUGGAUGUUCCGCGGCCUGAGGAGGUGGAGCGCCAGCCGGAGGUCCAACCUGCUCCAAGGCGAGCGCCACUUCUCCCUCAGCCUGCGGAACCUGCGGCACAGCCGGAGGUCAAAGGUCAAGUACCUGAUGCCCGCCCUCAGCCCCAGCCCCGGCGCGGCCGAGGCGCCGCCCAUUCCCACCCCCGAGAACGAUCUGAUCACCACGCACAUCGACAGUGCGUCCGACGGCGAGGCCGCGGAGAAGGCCCCCGAGGGCAGCCCCAAGGAGAACGGGCUGAGGUGCCGAGGGUCCGAGAGGGGCUCGCACAGGAAGAGCACGCGCGUCAGCGGCCGAGAGCGCAAGGCCAUGAAGGUCCUGCCCGUCGUCGUAGGUGUAUUCCUGGCCUGCUGGACACCCUUCUUCGUGGUCCAUGUCACCAAGGUUCUCUGCACGUCCUGUGACAUCGGCCCAACACUCAUCUCCGUGGUGACGUGGCUUGGCUACGUCAACAGCGCUGUCAACCCCAUCAUCUACACUGCCUUCAACACUGAAUUCAGGAAUGUCUUUCACAAACUCUUGUGCUGUCAAACAUAAAGCCGGGAGUGGUUGCCUGCAUGGUGAACAAGGUGUUGCUUUUCAUGAGUUCAAUAGAUUUACAUACACUGUAGUCAACAUUGUUUUGUAAACAGUUAUUAUCAUACACAGUAGUACCUUUAAUGCCUUAGUUGAUGUAAUUAUCUAAAAGAUGACAAAAGCCAUUAGUACUCAUACUAUGGCAAUGUUCUAAUUGAAUGAGACAUAUCUGUAAAAUAUGGAUACAGUAGGUUAUAAAUCAUGCUGAGAUCAUAGCCCAGAGGCAUAAAAUAUGUGGAAAUGUGCUUUGGAUGUGUGCAGUUACUUUUCUUUGCGCCUUGUACAGCUUGCCAACUUUGCUAUAAAUAGGAGUCUGUCUUAAAAGCCUUACUUGUGUUCUCUGCUUUCAUUAUCUGUGGAAUAUCAGUCGGACCAAGGUGUUUGGCCACAGGGACAAGAACAUCAUGGGGAUAUAUGUUAUUGAUAUCCUGAGAUCUGCAGUCUUCACAAUUUUCAAUCCAUAAGCAAUCAAGUUUUUACAAUGAAUAAUUGAUUGUGGAGGGCUAGGAGACAUCUCUAUCGAAAAUGGCAGAUACUGUGCAUUCCAAGUGUUUUGAGCAUUGUAUGAAAAUGACUAGUAUCUUGUUUCAUUGUCUUCAGAAUCAACCUGUAUUGAAUAAGUGUACAGAGAUGAAUGGUGUAAUAUGUAAAAAUGGUCUUUGUCCAAAUGGUGGAAAACAAUAAAACAAGAUUGUUCCACA